AUGGCUAUUUUUGAAGCUUCUGGCUCAGGAGAUUUCGAUGACGAAGAUUUUUACCCAUCGCCAAAGCCUACAGAGUCGCCAGUAGAGAAGGGAGGAAUGGGAUGCAGUACGAAAUUCUUCGAUAGCGAGACAUCAGCAUUCUUUGGAUGCAUUUCUUCUUGGUGGGUCUGUACAAUUGCUUUGGCUAUGUUUAUUAUUAUUGGCUGUGUUCUUCCAAAGUGCUUCCGAGCUAUAAAGGCUAGCAGGCGGAAAUCAACGAGGAGAGCUUCUAUCACUUCUACUUGGAUGUCUUCAAGGCAGUUUUUCAGUUGUGACAGAGAAAACAUGGUUCCAGAGUACCAGCGUUCAGUUCCGAAAGAAUAUCGCUCAAACUACGACAUUUCCCUUCUCCCCGACGAAGUAUUCGAGAAGCAACCAACUCCGUCAUCGCCUUUGGCCCGUAAUUAA